AUGUCCCAGGAACGCCAGCGUGCUUCGAGCAAAAUGGUUCGCAAACAUGAGGCCCUAUUGAAGACAGUCACACAGAGCGACCUCACCAUUGAGCGCCUCCCAGGGAGCAAUUACCCGAACCCCAACAGGAACAGCACAACCAGUGCUCACCUCACUGAUAAGAUCGGACACAUCAUGUACGACCCGCGUCCUAAUGAUGUCCAGAGCGGUGAGUACCCCAUCUCGGGUAGCAAGCUGCGGUGCCAACUUGCCGCACCUCGGAAGCAUCUCCACUUUAACCCAUCCGAGACCACGUUUGGUAUCGUCACAUGCGGUGGUAUUUGCCCUGGACUGAACGAUGUGAUUCGUUCCAUCACACUGGCUGGCAUUGUGCAGUACGGUAUCAAGCGCGUGAUCGGUUUCCGCUACGGCUACUGGGGUCUGUCGAAGGAGGGCAGCAAGACUGCCAUAGAGCUCUCGCGUGCCUCUGUGACGCAAAUCCACCGCUUUGGCGGCACCAUCUUGGGAAGCUCGCGUGGGCCACAGGACACCAAGGAGAUGGUUGAGACGCUGGUGCGUUUGGGUGUGAACGUCCUCUUUACGGUUGGCGGUGACGGCACACAACGUGGUGCGCUAAAGAUCUACGAGGAGGCGAAGCGCUGUGGACACAAUAUUGCUGUCUUCGGCAUCCCUAAGACUAUUGAUAAUGAUCUUUCCUUUUCCCAUCGCACCUUUGGUUUCCAAACAGCUGUGGAGCAGGCAUGCAUGGCCGUGCGCGCAGCCUAUGCAGAGGCAAUCUCGCUUAACUAUGGUGUUGGCAUUGUGAAGCUGAUGGGCCGUGAGAGCGGGUUUAUCGCUGCCGAGGCGGCUUUGGCGAGUGCCCAAGCGAACCUUUGCCUUGUGCCCGAGUCACCGAUGUCUCUGGAGACGGUGUUGAAGUUGAUAGAGCAUCGCUUUUUGACUUCUCGAAACUGCGUCAUUGUUGUGGCAGAGGGCUUCGGUCAGGACUGGGUGAAGGGAACCGGUGGCCACGAUGCCUCCGGCAACAAGAGGCUUAUCGACAUUGGUUCCAUCUUGAAGAAGGAAGUCUCACAAUGGCUUAAGAAGAAUUCGGACCGCUACCCCCAGGCCGAUGUGAAGUAUAUUGACCCCUCUUACAUGAUUCGUGCAUGCCCUCCAUCGUCUAACGACGCAUUGUUCUGCACUAACCUAUCAACGUUGGCGGUGCACGAGGCUAUGGCUGGUUCGACAGGUUGUGUCAUCUCCAUGUGGUACAACAAUUACAUUCUUGUGCCUAUUAAGGUAGCCACGUCAGUCCGGCGUGUAAUUGAUACCAACAGUCUGCUUUGGCAGCAAGUUUGUUCGAUCACUGUCAAUCUCGAUGACGACGCGAAGCAGACCAAACAGCAAGAUUUGAGACGCGAGCUGGAGGCCAUCACGCUAAACCGCGACCGCAUCCUGUCGGAUAUAAAUGCGAAACUAUGA